AUGCGCGUUUCCUCGACCAUGAGACUGACAAAAGAGGACCUACAGAUUCGCUUGAAGGCUGCUGGCAUGGCCCACAGGGCAGGCCGCCUGGCGGCGGUGCAGUAA